AUCUUCAAACCUUCAUCUAACAAAAACAAAAGAAAAAACCCCUUCUACAAUUUUUGUUUCUUCUUCUCAUUUUGUGGUGGAAUUGAAUCAAACCCAGAUAUCAAAAUGGGAUCUUGCAUUAGCAAAUGCAAACCCAAGAUGAUGAAACAACCACCUCUUUUCGAUUUCAACAAUAAUCUUGUCCAAGACAAGCUUGUUGUAAUUCCCCAACCACUUUCCCCAUUAUUAACAACAAAAACAACAACAACAACAAUUCCUUCUCUUUCUCUUAAUAACAAAAUCUCUCCUUAUCCUCCUUCCCCUUCUUCUUCAAUCUCUUCUUUCACUUGUCUCUCUUCAUCAACCAACACCUCUUUCUCAACUGCUUCUUCUUCACCUUCCCCAAUUUCCUCACAUCACCCCUUUCCCUCUCCCUACAACCAACUCCUUAGAAUCAAUUCCCUUAAAGCUACCGCCUUUCCGCCCCCCAUCAAGCCGGUUUCCCCCCUCGUUCGCCAUCCAUCCCCGCAAAGGGUGUUGAGAUCCACACCCCAAAAGAGAGUCCGACCGGCUUCGCCAUCUCCAAUUCGGCAGAAGAGCUUCAGAAAAGAGGUUCUUCCGCAGCCUCUUCCGUCACCGUCGCCGAGUAGACGCUUCAGCCGAGAGAAAUGUCGGGUAGCUGUAGCUCCCAAAAGUCGAUCGCCGGCGAGGAGUAGUGUGAUGAAGAAGGAAAUUACUUGCAUUCAUAGGAUCAGUUCAAAGAUUGAUGAAGUUGCUGUUAAAGAAGCUGUUGGAGAUUUAGAUUCAGUGGUGGCUAUGGAAGAUAUUGAUAAUCCUUUAAUCUCGUUGGAUUGCUUUAUCUUUCUGUAGAGAUAUUAUAUGCAUAUAGGAAUAUAUACAUAUACAGUACAUGACAUGGUUUCAUAUGAUCUUCUAUUUAUUGAACUGAUUUUUUAUUUUGUUUUUAUCAACAUAUGCAUUUAAUUAUUGAAUGAUCACAUAGAUCAAGAUUUGAUUACAUUCCUAAUAUUUUAUGGGAAUGUUAGGUUUGUAGAAAUUUCAACUUUCUUAGUUGUAACUUUUUCUU